UCGUCGUCGUCAUCAUCAUCCUUCACAUAAGCUUGCAUACUAUUUGAUAGGUACUCGUUUCUAGAAAAUGCGUUUGGUCUGAAAUUAGGUAUGGUGAUGGUUGCUCUCCAACUAGUAUAUAAACACUAACCACGUUACAUCAUUUUAACCCAAACUAGCAAUUUGCUUAUUCUUCUAGCUAGCUCUACCCAGAAAAUAAAACCAAAGAGAUUCUGAAGCAGAAGCCAUGGAAACAAAGGUGGUGAAGCUUGGGAGUUCUCUGCUAGUGCCUUGUGUUCAAGAACUAGCAAAAUCCCAGAUUGAUGGUGUUCCGCAGAGAUACAUACGCUACGAAAAAGAUCAACCCAUCAUCCACAAUGGAGUUUUACCAGAUCAUGAGGUUCCUGUUGUUGACAUGAAGAGGUUACUUUCUCCAGAAUCUAUGGAUUCCGAGUUGGCCAAGCUUCAUUAUGCUUGCAAAGAUUGGGGUUUCUUUCAGUUGGUGAACCAUGCAGUGAAGCCAUCACUUUUGGAGAAGAUAAAGAAGGAGGUCCAAGAUUUAUUCGAUCUUCCAAUGGAAGAGAAGAAAAAGUUAUGGCAAUAUCCAGGAGAAGUUGAGGGUUUUGGGCAAGCCUUUGUUGUAUCUGAGAACCAAAAGCUUGACUGGGGUGAUCUUUUCUUCAUGGUCACCCAGCCUCUUCGUGCAAGGAAACCCCAUUUAUUUCCAAACCUCCCUCUUCCUUUGAGAGACACCAUAGAUGCGUAUUCAUCAGAAGUGAAGAAUUUAGCUAUGGCUAUUCUAGGACAGAUGGCUAAAGCAUUAGAGAUGGAGGCAGAAGAGAUGACAGAGAUUUUUGAAGAUGGACAUCAGUCAAUGAGAAUGAAUUAUUACCCUCCAUGUCCUCAACCAGACAAAGUCAUUGGGCUUACUCCACAUUCAGAUGCCACAGGUCUCACUAUCCUCCUCCAAGUCAAUGAAGUUGAAGGUCUUCAGAUAAAGAAAGAUGGCAAAUGGGUUUCCGUUAAGCCUCUACCAAAUGCCUUUAUCAUAAACAUUGGAGACAUUUUGGAGAUUAUAAGCAAUGGGAUAUAUCGCAGCAUUGAACACAGGGCGACAGUGAACUCGGAGAAGGAAAGGUUGUCCAUUGCAACAUUUUAUGCUCCGAGAUAUGGUGCUGAAAUAGGACCAGCUCCUAGCUUAAUCACUAAACAAACUCCACCAUUGUUUAACAGAAUCGGAGUUGAAGAGUAUUUUCAAACUCUGUUUGCUCGUGAGCUCAAUAGUAAAUCUCAUCUCGAUACCCUCAGAAUUUGACAUGGAAAUUAUAGAAUUUAGAAAUUAAAGGAAUAAAAUGGUCCUCCAUUGAUGGGUGCAGGACUAUUUAAUUACCUGAAUCAUCUUCUUUGUAUCUAAACUUCCUUAUAUAUAAAUUAAAUAAAGUUUUGAUUUCAAUA